ACCAAAGAUUAAAAAACUACCCAUAAUGACAUACCACAAUUCAAAUUUUAAGCACCAUGUGGUUGUCCUGUUCGAAUCACAGGGAAGGAAAAUGAACGAAGCUCAGACCUCUAAUGGAGAUUCCCUCUUCCUCACAGUCUUAAGUCCUUUACCCCUUCAUCUCAUUGCCAGCUCGAAACCGCAAGGAUUUAGAUACUUUCCCCCCAAGGACGUUGUUCUUUCAUUUGCUUGGAAGUCCCAGUUCUUCUUCUUCUUCUUCAUCUUCUCCAGAACUCGUCUUUGGAUAAUGUCUCUGUUUUUAAAUUUCACUUUCUUGGACAUUUUUUUCGCCUUAUGAUGUCGGUAUCGGCGAUGAAUUUGUUCAUUUUGUUCGAUUAUGCGGCUUGAGUUCUAUUUGUUAUCAUUGCAUGAUACUGGGGACGGAAACUCCAAGCAUCUUCCUCUUGAGGUGCUCGAAGAAUGUCCGCUGAGAAAUAUAGUUAGCAUGUUUCGACGUGAACAGUGACACACGAGCUCUUUUCUAACGUGAAACCGGAUAGUAGAAAUUUGAAUGGAAGUUGUGGUUUGACUUCCCAGAUAUGAAUAUCCUGAUCUAGACACUGUCUCAUAUGUUCAAUCAUCCAACCCCAUGGUUUUGGUUGUGCCCUAUGCAAUCAGUCUCUAAUUCAUACUAGAGCUAGUGGUUGAGAACAAACAUGGUUGAAAUUUCCAUUUGGAAGUUGAUUCUUGCAGUUGCAGGGGACGGAUCAAUUGAAAAGCAAUUGAAGGUUUUUCUCUAUCUAUAUUUAUGCACCGUUCAUUUGUAAACCUCAUGUGCUAAUCUCUGCAGUGUGUUUAAGAAUGGCUUUAGAAUAGAUUACUAGAAUGGGAUUUAUAAGAACCUUAAAUUCUAUAUAUUUUGUAACUUUAGCAUCAGAUGCUAGUGUUUUCUUCACCCCUUUUAGUCCAACUGCGUCAAUAAAGAACUUCAAGUCUCGACUGCAUUUAGCACUCUCCCAUAUUCGACUCAAUACCCAUCUUGCCUUUUCGCCCUGCCCUGUUACUGAACAUUAUUCUCAUGAUGAUAAGAUAAUCUCUCUCUGCAAGAAAAACUUGCACAGAGAAGCUCUUCAAGCAUUUGACAUCUUUCAAAAAUGUUCAAGUUCUCCAUUGAAGUCUAUCACUUAUACCCAUUUAAUCAACGCAUGCUCGUCUCUAAGAUCCCUAGAACAUGGCAGGGAAAUUCAUCGUCAUAUGUUGACGUUCAACUGCCAGCCUGAUAUGAUACUUCAGAAUCAUAUUCUUAAUAUGUAUGGAAAAUGUGGGUCUUUGAAGGAAGCAAGAAAUAUUUUUAAUGCAAUGCCUUUGAAGAAUGUAGUAUCUUGGACCUCCAUGAUAUCCGGGUACUCACAUUAUGGUCAAGAGGAUAAUGCCAUUACAAUGUAUGUUCAAAUGUUACGAUCAGGAUAUAUUCCUGAUCACUUUACCUUCGGAAGUGUAGUAAAAUCUUGCUCAGGACUUGAUGAUUUUAUGUUAGCAAGGCAACUGCAUGCCCAUGUUCUGAAGUCUGAAUUUGGCGGUCACCUAAUUGCACAGAAUGCUCUAAUCUCUAUGUAUACCAAGUUCAGUCGAAUUGCUGAUGCAACAAAUGUCUUCUCUCAUAUCGUUAUAAAGGAUCUAAUUUCUUGGGGCUCAAUGAUUGCAGGGUUCUCUCAGCUUGGUUAUGAGCUUGAAGCUUUAUGCCAUUUUAGGGAAAUGGUUUCUCAGCCUGUCUAUCAGCCAAAUGAGUUUGUCUUUGGUAGUGCCUUCAGUGCUUGUAGCAAGCUCUUAGAACCGAAUUGUGGACGCCAAAUACAUGGCUUGUGUAUAAAAUUUGGGUUAGGUAGUGAUCUUUUUGCUGGAUGCUCCCUUUGUGACAUGUAUGCAAAGUGUGGAUUUUUAGGAUCUGCAAGAACAGUAUUUUAUCAUAUUGAAAAGCCUGAUUUAGUAGCCUGGAAUGCUAUCAUUGCGGGAUUUGCUAGUGUUGGUGAUGCAAAGGAAUCCUUGUCAUUCUUUUCUCAGAUGAGGCAUACAGGACUUGUUCCAAAUGAUGUCACUGUUCUCUCUUUACUUUGUGCUUGUUCAGAGCCUGUGAUGCUUAAUCAGGGAAUGCAGGUUCACUCUUACGUUGUCAAGAUGGGCUUUGAUUUAGAUAUUCCUGUGUCCAACACUUUGCUUGGCAUGUAUUCAAAAUGCUCAAAUUUGACUGAUGCACUUCAUAUAUUUGAAGGUAUUGGAACCAAAGCUGAUAUAGUUUCUUGGAACACCUUGCUGACGGCAUGUCUACAGCAGAACCAAGCUGGAGAGGUUUUAAGAUUAACGAAGCUAAUGCUUGCUUCUCACAUUAAGCCUGACCAUGUUACUUUAACCAAUGUGUUGGUGUCAUCUGGACAAAUAGCAUCUUAUGAAGUGGGAAGUCAAGUCCAUUGUUUUAUCAUGAAAUCAGGACUGAAUCUUGAUACUUCUGUUUCAAAUGCGUUAAUCAACACGUAUACGAAGUGUGGAUCCCUUGGAUGUGCUCGAAAGAUGUUUGAUUCCAUUGACAAUCCUGAUAUCAUUUCAUGGAGUAGCUUGAUUGUUGGAUAUGCUCAGGCUGGAUGUGGCGAAGAAGCUUUCGUGCUUUUCAGAACCAUGAGAAGUCUCGGCGUAAAGCCAAAUGAAAUUACAUUUGUAGGAAUCCUUAUUGCUUGUAGUCAUAUUGGAAUGGUAGAAGAAGGUUUGAAGUUAUACAAGACAAUGCAAAAGGAAUAUGGCAUUUCACCAACCAAAGAACACUGUUCAUGUAUGGUUGACUUGCUUGCCCGUGCUGGAUGCUUGGAUGGAGCAGAGAACUUCAUUAAGCAGAUGCCUUUCAAUCCCGACAUCGUGGUCUGGAAGACUCUGCUAGCAGCAUGUAAAGUCCAUGGUAAUCUUGAGGUUGGCAAAAGAGCUGCAGAGAAUGUAUUAAAAAUCGAUCCAUCAAACUCCGCUGCGCUCGUAAUGCUUUGUAACAUACAUGCUUCUUCUGGCCAUUGGAAAGAUUUCGCUCAAUGUAGAAGCUCAAUGAGACAAAUGAAUGUCAGCAAAGUUCCAGGUCAGAGCUGGAUUGAGAUCAAGGAUAAAGUUCAUGUGUUUCUUGCAGAAGAUAGCCUGCAUCCUGAGAGAGGUAAAAUUUACACAAUCCUAGAGGAGUUGAUGUUGCAAAUUUUAGAUGACGGUUGUGAUCCAAUACAGGUUACAAAAUAGGGAUAAUCGUUCAAGUAGAUUCUUAGAUGUACACUGUAUCUGGCAAUUUUUCGAAAUAAAUUAUGAGAUGUUCAUUAGUGACAGAGAAAUGGGUAUUUAUUCUUUA